UUUGCAUACACACAAAUUAGUCCACUCACGUCCCGCCAAACGGCUACUGGACAAUACGGAAGGUGGCGAAAAUCCCUGCAUUGCAACGAAUUAGUAUCUGCUCUAGGCGGGGCUCGAAUUCUUCACGAUAAUACCACUCUUUUCUGUGAAUAUUGCGCUUUCGCCGCUGCAUAUAUAGCCUCUUCGAACGAUUAGAAUUGCAUACAACUCAGCGCCAAAGAAAAAAGUCGACAGGAAAUCAAGAAAAGCAAAGUAUCCUCGGAUCGAUAAAUAUCUAGAGCAAACGUAACGAAAAGCGCCCGUCAAAAUGUCUGCACCUCAACAACAAGGAGCUGCUCCUCAGCAGCCGCACCAUCACCCGGCUCCACAGACGACCGUUCCUCUGCAGGGAGCCGCCAUUGAGGCCGAAAGCGAGGAAAAUUCAGAAGUUGAUUCCACUCUUGGAGAAAGUGACGCCUCUUCUUUUACAACCUCGCUGGCAUCCAGCGUGGUGGACUAUCCGUACGAGAAUGGCAGAAGAUACCAUAAAUUCCGAGAAGGCGAAUACCUCUACCCCAAUGACGAACCCGAGCAAGACCGCCUUGACAUGCUCCAUCACAUUUACCGGUUAAUGCUGGGUGGCAGCCUUCACAAGGCGGCUCUUCCGCCGUCGCCUCAGCGCGUCAUCGAUCUUGGAACCGGUACCGGUAUUUGGGCCUUGGAUUUUGCCGAUGAAUACCCUAGUGCUACAGUUGAGGGAGUUGACUUGAGUCCCAUUCAACCCCGAUGGAUCCCUCCCAACUGCAAAUUCAUCGUCGACGACAUUGAAGCCGAAUGGCCCUAUCCCACCGAGCAAGCCUUUGAUUACAUCCACCAGCGGAACAUGGUGGGCAGUGUCGGCGAUUGGGACCGCCUAUAUGAGCAAGCCUACAAACACACCAAACCAGGUGGAUACAUUGAGCUACAAGAAUUCCGCGUCGAUUUCUUGUCUCAGCAGGGUCCCCUCCCCGAGAACUCGGAGAUCAACAAGUGGCAGAAGCAGAUCAACGCAGGCACCGCCUCAUUUGGCAAGCCCCUCAACGUUAUCGAGGACCUGGCGAAUAAGCUCAAGGCCGCAGGCUUUGUCGAUGUCCACGAGGAUAUUCUCAAGAUUCCCAUUGGCGCAUGGCCCAAGGACAAAAACCUCAAGCUCAUUGGCCAAUUCAUGCAACUCCACGCCAUCGAGUCGGUGGAACCCCUCACCCUCGCCCUCUUCACCCGCGUCCUCGGCUGGACCGAACUCGAGUGCCAAGUCCUGAUUGGCAAGGUCCAGGAAGAAUUCAAGACCAGUCGCAAACAGCUCUUUGUCUACACGCACUUUAUCACCGGCCGCAAGGCAGACCGCGCCCACUCGGAAGAUUAAAUCUAGUGUUGCAUAACAUGUUUUAUGUGAUUGCCAUGCUUAGACUGUCUUUUGUGUCCGGGGGUUGGGUCGGUUUGUCUGGGUUGAUAUAUUUUCUUCUUUUUCCUUCUCCCGCAUGAUCAUAUCUUCUACAUAUGGAAUUCUUCUUCUUCUUCUUCUUCUUCUUCCUCUUUUCAUUCUCAACUCCUCUGACCAUCCUCUUUACAUUUUGUCACACUUUUGUUCCCCCUGGUUCCAUGCCCAUUUGGAAGAAGUUGAACAUUUUCGGCCAUUUUUGUUUUAUAUCAGAUAGGAUAACGGCUUUUUGAUAUCUCACAACCUCAAUACCGUGUGUGACUGAGUCGUUAUGCAUGGUGUGAGCAAUACGUGC